AUGGAUCUCUUCCGUUCUCCAGAGUUCGCCUCGCGCGUAGAGCAGCUCAUCAAGAAGCAUCACACCCCGGGGCUCGCCAUCGCAAUUGUGCACAAUGGCCAGGUUGCGUCUGCAGCCUACGGAAAUGCCUCGUUGGAUCCGCCAAAGCCCAUGACGACUGAUACACUCUUCGAUGUUGCGUCAGCCUCCAAGUCGUUAACAGCUGCCUCGGUGGCUUUGAUUGUGGACGAUGAUGAAAACCAUCCAGAGGUCAAGUACGAUGCGCGCAUGUCGGAUCUCCUUCCCGACGACUUUGCCAUGCCCAGCAAAGAGUACGAUCAAGUGACUCUCGACGAUGCGUUGGGGCACAGAACUGGACUUUCAUCCAAUGACUACUCGUAUUUCGGCAUCGACGCCAACCAACCCGAUGACGCUUGUUCCGUAACGAGAAACAUCCGCAACCUGCUCGUUGCAGCACCAAUCCGUACAAAAUAUAUCUACUGUAAUGCCAUGUAUACCGCCGUCACCCAUCUUGUGGAGAAAAAAACUGGAACACCAUUCGCCGACUUCCUGCGCCAAAGGUUCUUCGAGCCUCUGGAUAUGAAGUCGUCCUUCCUUCAGCCUAAAGAAGCCCGUGAGAAGGGUUUUGGGGAUAGACUAACCCCAGGGCAUUACUGGGACAAAGACAAGGAACAAUACCUGACGUUUGACUAUCCAGACUGCCCAGAGGGCCAGGGCGCUGGUUCCGUCGUCACGAGCGUAAACGACUACAUCAAGUAUGUCCAAGCCAUGUUAAAUAAAGACGAGCCCUUCACGGAAGACGUCUACAAGGGUAUCAUGAAACCAAGGACAAUAGUGGGCCUGGACUUGGAGAAACCCUAUCCAUAUUCAUCACCGAGAAUCUAUGCCUCAGGGUGGCAUCUGCACCACUAUCGAGGUUACAACAUUGUCGCGCACGACGGGGGCAUACCUGGUUGUAGCACCACACACAUGUUUAUGCCCGAGCUCAAAUUUGGCUGUGUCGUGUUUGGAAACGCCGAAGGCGCCUGCACUAUUUUCACGGCCCUAACGCACGAAUUGAUUGACGAUGCGUUGAAGCUGCCCGGUGACCAGAGAUUGGAUUGGGAAAAGGUUGAAAUGAGCAUGUUUCAUGAUGAUGAUGAUGGUGCUGAAGACGACGAGGACGAGCAAGAUUGGCAGGCUUUCUUCCCCGACAUCAAGGAAUGCCAGUCGCAUGAGCACCCUUUAGAAGUCUACACUGGCCACUACUGGCACGCGGGUUACCGCGGCAUCAACGUACAAGUCCGGGAUGGCCAGCUCUUUGUCGAUGCCAAUGACAGAUCCUUUGCCUUCACACUGACUUUCAAACACGUAUGUGAGCAGACAAAGUUUGUGGCUUACCUGUGCUGUCCGACCGAGGGUCUCAAUGACCCCAUUCGAGCUGAAUUCCGGUUUGGUGAUGACGGGUCCGUAACUCAUAUGGGCGUCCAGUUGGAUGAGGACUUGGAUGACUUGAUUUGGUUUGAGAAGACAAACAGAGAAUAG